AUGAACCAAGAAGAUUACCCCAGCGACAGUGAUGCUAGUGAUGAAGACUUCCGCCCAGACAAAGAAGAGGCAGAUACCGGAAGUGAACUAGAGUCGAACGACGAAGAGCCUGAGGAUUCAAGCGAGCAAGCCGUAGAAAAAUCUUCUGGCUCAACCGGUGGUAGGAAGCGGAAACGAAAAUACAACACAGAUGGUGGCAACAGAUCAAACGGUGCAAACAAGCGGACUAAAGCUCAGGAUAGAGCUCAACAGUCCGAUGAGGAGAAGGACGAUGAACUGGACGAAGAAGAAGAAAAGCGAAGAACAGAUGCAUUAUGGGCGGAUUUUCUUGGCAGUGGAAGUAGCAACAGCAAUAUAGAACAGUCGAACAACUCUACUUCUGUUCGGAACAGUAAAACUAAGGUCGAGGGGAAAAAAGUGGUUACGGAAACUAAAUCGGUAUCCACGAUGCCGAAAGUGAUCGCGAAAGAAAAACCGACCGUAGCGCAACUGUUCGAAUUUGCUGGUGAACAGAUUGUGCUGACGAAAGACGAUAAUAGCAGCAUUUCUGCUAACACCAAGGAUGAAAAGGCGACAUCGUUGCCCACGGUAUCAAAAACAUUGGCACUGAAAAAUGCCGCACCACGGGGUGGUAGUGGCUUGGGGUCAGUAUUAGAUCAAAUCACUAAAAAAAACAAGCUGAGCACACUAGAGAAAACGAAACUUGACUGGACCAGCUUCAAGCGGCAGGAAGGUAUCGAGGAAGAGCUACAAACUCAUAACAAAGGAAAGGAUGGUUUUCUCGAGCGGCGCGAUUUCCUGGAGCGGACAGAUUUGCGCCAGUUUGAGAUAGAGAAAUCCUUCCGACAGACGAAACGAAGCAACCGAUAA